AUGACAUUUUUAUAUUUUUCGAGUUGUCUUUUGAUAACAUUUUCUCCAUUUUAUAUUAUUUAUAAAUCAUUAAAACUAAAUGAAAUAAAAUCCAAUCAAUUAAUAUUAUAUGGAUUCAUUGGAUGUAUAUUCACUCAGUUCUUAAAAAUGUUAAUUAUUGCAACCUUUCUACCAUCAUUUAAUACUACUUCAAUUGGUAUAUACCCUGAAAUAAUUAAAAUAAUUUGUAAUGUUAUAGAUUUAUUUUCAAUGUCAUUGGUAUUAAAGUUUGCAGAAUUUUCAGGAUCAAAAGAUUAUAGAAUUUUAGGAAUUGGAAUUGGUUGGUCAUUUUCUCAUGCAAUAAUGUCACAAUUGAUUCCUUUACUUAUGGGUACACUUAGUAUUUCUUUUGAUUUUUCCUAUUAUUUAGAUUCAAUUGAGAGUAAUUUCAUUGCAAUUCAACAAUUGGUAGUAUUCAAGUUACUUUAUUUAUACAAUAAAUAUUAUAAUGAAAAUGGAAAACAACAGCAAGAGCAAAAGCAGCAGCAACAACAUGAAAUAUUAUCACCAGAUUUAGUUAAAAUAUUAUUAAUUGUUUUUUUAACUAUGAAUAGUAUUUUGGAAUUAAUUCAACAUCAUUUUUCAAUUUCUCAUAUUCAUUUUGUAGUAAUUCAAUUUCUAUAUACUUUAACUUUCUUUUAUUAUUCAAAAUAUAAAUUCAUAAAAUAA